CCGAGGGGCGGCUGUCGUCCUUGCUGUGGGCUGAGCUGACCGCUGACUUUGGGCCAAGGGCGGCCUCCGUUUGGUCAGUCGGUUGGCCCCAGAGGUCCAGCCUGCCCCAGUCCUCCCCCCAGGGACAGGCGUCUGUGCCCAGGGCCAUGCAGACCUGCUGAGUCUCUCCAGCUCUCCUUUGGAGGUUCAUGGGAAACAUUUGAUCUCAGGCUGAGGACGCCGGAGGAUGGGGGCCCCUCCGUGGUGGCUGCUGGUCCCUGCGCUCGUGGCUGUGGGCCGUUGUCUGGCCCCGGCUGGCCAAGAAGAUUCCGACCCCGUCCACGCCGACCCCGGGGACGUCCCUCCGCGGCCGGCCCUGCCCUGCCACAAGCUCUCCGUGAGCAACAUAGACUUCGCCUUCAACCUCUACAGACAGCUGGCUUUGACCUCCCCCAGAGAGAACAUCCUCUUCUCCCCAGCGAGCAUCUCCUCGGCCCUGGCCGCGCUGUUCCUCGGAGCCCCUGCGGCCAGCAGGGCCCAGCUCCUGGAGGGCCUGGGGCUCAACCUCACCGUGGUGCCCGAGGCCGAGAUCCAGGAGGCCUUUCAGGACCUGCUGCUGCGGCUCCCCGCGCGGGACCCCCGGCUCCUCCUGACUGUGGGCCAGCGCAGUUUCCACAGCCUGGGCCCCGGGGCUGGGCGGGACCCGGCGGAGGCCCAGAAAUGCAUCCAGGAGUACGUAGAGAAGCAGACCCAGGGGAAGCUUGGGGCCUGGGUGGAGGAACUCGGGAACGAAACCGCAGCAGUCCUUGUGAAUCAUGUGCUUCUCAGAGCCGGGUGGGCGAGACCCUUCGCCCCACAGGCCACCCGCCCGAAGGAGUUCUUUGUGGACGAGCACAGGACUGUGCCGGUGCCCAUGAUGUGGCAGAAGGCCCGCCACCGCUUCCUCCACGACCCCGAGCUGCAGUGCACCGUGCUGCAGAUGGACCACGCCGGGGACGCCGCCACCUUCUUCGUCUUCCCCCAGCGGGGCGCGCUGGGGCGGCUGGAAGACGCCCUGCUGCCCGAAACCCUGAUCAAGUGGGACAGUUUGCUCAGGACCAGGGAACUCGACUUCCAUUUCCCCAAAUUUUCCAUCUCCAGCACCUCCCGGCUGGAGCUGCUCCUCCCCCGAGAGCCGGUGGGCGGAGGCCCCCCCGGGCAGCCUGGACUGAACAUCUCCAGGGUCACUCACAAGGCUGUGAUGGUUCUGGAUGAGGAGGGCGCCGAGGCCGCUGCUGCCACCAGCAUCCAGCUCACUCCAGGGCCCCACCCUGACCUUGACCCCACACCCGCCCCGGACACCGGGUUCCAUCGACCCUUCCUGGUGAUGACCUUCCACAUGGAGACGGGAAGCCUGCUCUUCCUGGGGAAGCACAGAGAACCACACCUAAGCCACCUUCCAGGGGCCCGAGGCAGUGCCUGGGCCAGGAUGGGCAAUGGAGGGAUGCUCGCCAGCUGGACCUGUGCAGACCUGGGCCGUCCCCACAUGAGAGCAGAGGACAGAGGAAUGGAGGUCCAGGAGAGAGAAAGAGAGGAACAGUACCGCGCAGCAGACCUGGAGAACCCUUCAUUUUUGUGUAAUACAACUUUAUAUCCACCGAAUAACGAUUCCCUGUUUCCCCCUGCCCCCCAGCCCCUGGCGUCACCAUCUAGGUCUUUCCUCUCGUGAGUCCGGCCACUUUAGAUGCGUCACAGAAGUGGGCCAAUCGGUCUCUGUCCUUCCGCGUCUGGCUCACUCAGCAUCACGUCCUCCAGGUGCAACCACGUGUCACAGAUUCCGAGUUUUCUUCUUUGUUGAGGCCAAAUAAUAUUCCGCUGUAUGUAAAAGGUGCAAAGAAAACUCACAGAAUAGGUGAAAUUUAUUUCCAGACCAUGUGGCCGACAAGAUGUUACUAUCCAAAAUGUAGAGGGAACCCCUACAAUGUAAUACCCAAAACACAAACAACCCUGUUAAAAAUGGACAGCUUUCCUCCAAAGAAGACACGCAAAUGGUCAACCGUUUUGUGAGAAGAUGCUCAGCGUCACCCAUCACCAGGGAAAUGCACCUGGAAACCACAAGGAGGCGUCGCCUCACACCAGUUCGUACGACCAUUAUCCAGCAAGCAAGAGGUGAGUGCCGGCAGCGACCACGCGGGGGAGUCGCAACCCUUGAGCACUGCUGGCGGGAAUGUCAGCUGGUGCAGCCGCUGCGGGAACCAGCCUGGAGGUGUCUCAGCAAACCAAAACUGGAGUCAGCAGAUGGUCCAGCACCCCCGCUCUGGGUAUGUUUGUCCAGAAGGGCUGAAUCAAGGUCUCGGAGAGACGCCUGCCCCACCGCGUUCAUUGCGGCAUUGGUCACAGUAGCCGAGCGGUGGAGACCGCCUGAACGCCCGUGCAGGGACGGAUGGAUAGCAAAUUCCUCUCGUUCCUGUCCUAUUUCAGUCUUUGUCGUCACAUGUCAGAGCGGGCAAAGGUCCCCAGAGCCUGCCCUCCUGCGCUUUUCAAACGAAGCUUCUCUGAGGGGCAGAGGGGCCAGCAGGUGGCGCUCCGUGCCCCCAUCCUGCCCUGGGGUUGGGCGGCUCCGCUCCCUGCUCGGGAAGUAAGGUUUUGGCUAAGAAAGAGGUUGCACUGCUGAACAUGGUUAAAAUGUAAAUGAUUCUUAAUGACA